AGGAGCAAUCUUCAAUAAUGUCCCAUGCCUCUGAACUGCCUGGUGCUCAAACUUGGACGCGGACUGAAAAUAAUGUUGUUUCCCGCGGGAGCGAGCGUUCCGGUCACCGAAAGCGAGCCUCGGGACUCGUGUUUGAGUUUGUAAAAUUGUUUUAAGGACUCUGAAUAACUCAUCGUCUUGUUUUUGGACUCUUGCUGAUAAUGGCAAGCAGUAGCUGAGUGUUUUGAUCCCGGUCAGUGACAGCCUGCAGACGGCAGGGAGAGCUGUGUGGCGAUCACGCAGUACUUGAUUAUGAGCGCUCGCAAGAAGUGAAGAGAAUCUGGGAGCUGAUUUCUCGCUGGGACGACAAUAGGUUUAACACAGUGUGUGGCAGAUCAAAGCCAGAGGAGCCAUGGAGGCCUCACAGGACCUCAGCGAACAGAUGGUAAAGAAAUCACACACUGAAUCUCAUGUUCCAGACCCUUCAGACGUCAGGUCUAUGGAAAUGCAGGACCUAGCCAGUCCUCAUAACCGAGUGGGAGGUGGAGAUUCGACAGGCUCCAAGCUGGACAAGAACAACCUUGGCAGCCCGUCUAUCACCACCAAUGGAACAGGAGGUGAAAGCAUGACCGUUCUUAACACGGCUGAUUGGCUGUUGGGCUGCAGCAGCCCAUCCCCUGCCACAGGCUCCAAGGAAUAUGUGAAAACAGAGCCGUUGAACAACAGCGAUACAGUUACUACGACAGGGGACACAGCCCUGGAUACAUACGCAGGCUCAGUAAUCACCAGCAGCGGCUACAGCCCUCGUUCAGCCCACCAGUACUCUCCCCCUCUCUACCCAUCCAAGCCCUACCCUCACAUCCUCUCCACGCCGGCAGCUCCUUCCAUGCCGACGUACACCGGCCAACCUCAGUUCAGCAGCAUGCAGCAAUCAACCGUCUAUACUGCUUAUUCGCAGACAGGCCAGGCCUACGGAUUGUCUACCUAUGACCUCGGUGUGAUGCUUCCCGGCAUAAAAACAGAAAGCGGCCUAGCCCAGAGUCAGUCUCCUCUGCAGACAGGCCUCAGCUACAGCCCCGGCUUUACCACACCUCAGCCUGGACAGACUGCCUACUCCCCCUAUCCAAUGCCAGGUUCCAGUUUCACUCCUUCCUCAGGCCUCUACACCACCAACAACUCAGUGUCCAACCCCGCCAACUACACUGCCACACAGCAGGAUUAUCCCUCAUAUACGACAUUUGGCCAAAACCAGUAUGCUCAGUAUUAUUCCACCUCCCCUUACGGGACGUACAUGACCUCCAACAACGUGGAUGGCACCGGUUCCACAGCAGCCUACCAGCUGCAAGAUCCCACCCCCGCCAUAACCGGACAGGCUGCUGAACUUCACCCAGGGGACUUUGAUACAGUGCAGAGCCCUUCCACACCCAUCAAAGAGCUGGAUGACAGAGCCUGCCGGAGUGGGGGGUCUAAGUCUCGGGGCAGGGGCCGCAAGAACAACCCCUCCCCUCCUCCUGAUAGUGACCUGGAGAGGGUGUUUGUUUGGGAUCUGGAUGAGACGAUUAUUGUCUUCCAUUCUCUGCUCACAGGCUCCUAUGCACAAAAAUAUGGCAAGGACCCUCCCAUGGCGGUAACACUGGGUCUGAGGAUGGAAGAGAUGAUCUUCAACUUGGCUGACACACACUUAUUUUUUAAUGACCUGGAGGAAUGUGAUCAGGUGCAUAUUGAUGACGUGUCAUCAGAUGACAAUGGCCAGGACUUAAGUACUUACAGUUUUGCAACUGAUGGCUUCCAUGCAGCUGCAACCAGCGCAAACCUGUGCCUGGCUACGGGCGUCCGCGGUGGAGUCGACUGGAUGAGGAAACUGGCCUUCCGCUACCGACGAGUCAAAGAGUUGUAUAGCACGUACAAAAACAAUGUGGGGGGUCUGCUGGGUCCUGCUAAGAGAGACGCCUGGCUGCAGCUCAGAGCUGAGGUGGAAGCUCUGACUGACUCCUGGCUCACCCACGCACUCAAGUCCCUGUCCAUAAUCAGCUCCAGGAGUAACUGUGUAAAUGUGUUGGUGACCACAACACAGCUCAUACCAGCGCUGGCCAAAGUUCUCUUAUAUAGUCUGGGAUCUGUUUUUCCUAUUGAGAACAUUUACAGUGCAACAAAAAUAGGAAAAGAGAGUUGCUUUGAACGCAUAAUGCAAAGGUUUGGCAGGAAAGUAGUGUAUGUUGUAAUUGGGGACGGUGUGGAAGAGGAACAGGCGGCCAAAAAGGUAAUGGACCCGCAACCUCACCGUGACCCCCGCCUACUCAGCACAGCGUGUGCUCUGAUUGGACGAAGCCCGCCUUUCUUUGCUGCUGCAGUUUUGUGUUGGUCCUUUACUUUUUCUGGUCUACUUGCUUUGGUUUUUGUUUUGUUUUUUUCAUGGGGUGACAGGAGACUUUUGCAGCCGUCAGAGUGAAAAUUUGAGAAUGAGCCUCAGCUGCUGAUGGAUAUUUUUGCACCAGCUUUUUCAGCGUCAGCUAUUCCAAAUUUGUGUCAAUAACAGAUUUUUAUUAGAUUGACAUUGGCAUCUGCAAUUGUGUAAUGAAUGGCUGUGUAAAUGUACACGCUGACUGGGCUGUGAACGGCCUCAUUUGUUCAGAGCAAUGAUCCUGCCGUAUCCUGUGACGUGUCUCCUGUUAUGUGUUUUUAACUGAUGUUGUAGUUGUAUAACAAAAAAAAGGGAGAUAAGUAGUGAUCUAUUUUAAGUUUGCUACACCAGAAUAUUUUCUUAAUCCUCUCUUCUACAGCUUUGGGUUUCAUUCAUCGUGCUGGGUGCUGGGGUUGUUAAAAGAUGGCUUUGCAUUUUGGGAUAUACUCUUUUUUUUUUACUUUCUUACUGAGCACUAAAUACAUUGGAUUUGGAUGGUUUUCAACAUUAGCAUCAUCUUAAAAUUGGUUCAGUCCCCCUCCUGGCCCCCAUCAGUCUACACACAAUACUCCACAAGAACCUAGUAUAAUAGGAUUUUGAAGUGUUUUGUCAAGUUAUUAAGAAUAAAAACCUGGAAUUACCCAUUUGCAUGACUACCCUUCACUUGUGUUAAAGCUCCUUUGGCAGCAGCGAGCGGAAAUGAACCUUCAAGCUUUCAUUUGAAGAUUUCUCCAGUUCUCCUUAGCAAAAUUGUUAAACAUCAGCCAGCUCAGUCAGACAUUUUCAGGACUCUCCAGAGGUGUUUAGGUCUGGACUCUGGCUGGGUCAGUCCAGGAGUUUUCCCAGAGCCACUCCUGUGCUUUUUUGGCAUUGCACUAGGGCCUUUUUUUCCCUGCUGAAAUAUAAUCCUGAGCACUCUGACAAAGGUUUUCACUCAGGAUUUCUCUAUAUUUUCUGCCUUCAUCAUUCCCUCUAUCCUUACUGGUUUCCCAGUACUUGACAGAAAAUUACUGAUGGAGCAUAAUGCUGCCACCUCUGUCUUUGACUGUAGGAUUGGAAUUAAUGAGGUGAUGCCCAGUGCCUAGUUUCCUCCAUGCGUCUGUCUUCAUUUUAGAUCAGAUUGGAUUACUGUCUUAAUGAAUGUUUCUCCCAUCCCUACAAAGGAGUUUAUUCAUAGUGACUACUGGGUUCUUAGUUACAUGGCCUCCGUCCCAGUUACGGAGUUUGGCUGAAACAAGGAGAACAUUUAAUAAAAGUAGGAAGCGCCACAACUGUGAGUGUCAUAACAACAGGUUUGUUAUCAUCCAUCCAUUCAUCCAUCCAUCAAUCUUCUGCCACUUAUCUGACACUGGGUCAUCAGUCUAUUCACAACACAGGGGUCAUGUUUACCUCUGUAGCAUCCCCUUUUCUUUUAACGACAGUCUGUAAAUGUCUGGGAACUGAGGAAACCAGCUCCUGGACCUUUGGGAAAGGAAUGUUGUUCCUUUCACACAGUCCAGUGUCAUAGCAUCAGAAAUGCAGGCUUUCGAACUGAACACUCUUGAAUCCAUUUUACCAAAAUUUUGAUUCAUCUGACUGCAGAACAGUUUUCCACUUCCAAAACUGAGGUUAUUGUACUAAAAAUCUUAAAGAUACAGUGUCUAACCAGAUGCUUACUCUGGAUGGCUUUACCUUGGCCUCCAGUAACACUGGGAUGAGUCUUGGAGUCUUUUUUGACCAGGAUGUCUCCUUCAAUGCACAUAUUAAAUAUUGUAAGGUAAAGACCUU